AGCCCCAAGCUGCCGGACCCUGCUCGGCACGGUGAUGGGCACCUGCCUGCUGCUCGCUGCCGCCCUGCUGCUGCUGCGGACCCCGGCGGCAGAAGCCUUGAUGGAGCCGGAGCUCUGCUACAUCCUGGACGCCAUCCUCUUCCUCUACGGCAUCGUCCUCACUGUCCUCUAUUGCCGCCUCAAGUUCCUGACCCACCGAGCGCUGCCCAAGGGAGCCGGCACGGAGCAGAAAGAAGAAGCCAUCUACACUGGCCUCAGCAGCGAAGGCCAGGAGCUGUACGAAACCCUCCAGACCAAACACUCCUGACCCCGUCCUGCCGCCACACCGCAGCCGCCCCUCAUCCCCCCCUCUGUCCCCAGCAGCUGAGGGGACCCCCCCUACCCCCCUCAGCCCCCCCCUCCUGGGACUGUGAUGGAGAAAUGAAGCUUUUUCCUCCUGGAAAGGGCUGGGUUUGGCCCCGAACUGCCUCCCGCUGUGCCCGGACCCCCUGAGCCUGCGGAGUGCUGAAGCUGCCCUGGACUGGGGGGUGCUGCCCCCCGCUUCUGAUGCGCACCCCCCCCCGCCUCGUAAAGCAGCAGCAUGUGCAAACGGGGUAGGAGGGUUUCUGUAAGGACGGGGGGAGAGCUGGGAAUGGGGACGCUGGCACCGACUGCCAGCAGGGCUGGGCACCCGACAGGGACAGUGCCACGGUCUGCUGGGGACAGGGACCCCCCGGGGACCCCCCGGGGACAGUGCCACCGUCUGAUGAGGAUGGGGCCAGGGACACCGUGGGGCUGGGGACAGUGGCACUGGCUCCUGGUCGCUGCUGGCACACGUUUCUGGGUGGAGGAGGUACUCCCGGGGAGGAAAACCACCAUUUCUUCCUGUUUAACCAAAAAACCUGUAUUUUGAGGCUAA